GCAUACGAGCCAACCGUACCUAUACAGGGCCCUGGAGCAGCCCGCCAGCCUUUACCGCCGCUGCGGCGGCCGGAACAGGCCGGCUCCCGCCUUCCAUGUACCAGCGGGGGCGCCGUCAUCGAGGCGGCGCCGCACCGAAGCCGAAGGGCCCCAGGUCACGCUGGCGCUGGGUUAUCCGAGGCCGAUACCGGCGCUGGCAGCGGCAGGAGGCGGCGGGCGGAUCUUAUCUUUUUUAGGAACGAGAGCAUCCCUGAAAGAUUCUUUCUGAUUAGACUGGGCUUGCUCUGCUUCAGCAGAUAAGUGGUGCCCUGCUGUGUUCACUCGAUUCGACACUGUAAACAAUAUAGGGUUCAAUCCAGGUCAAGUUUCUGCUCUGUUUGUUAUUUGUUGUUCUGUUCUUUGGAGUGAUAGAUGAUGUACAUUUUGAGCUUAUUAAUCUAAUAUUGAAACAUUGGCAUUUGGCACUGAAGCUACAAUGUAGAAUUUCUUGUAACAUCCGUGUUUUGAUCCCUGUUGUCGUUUUUGCUAUGGAGGCUCGGCUGCCCUGCACUGCACCACAAGAUACUGACAGAAUCUAACUUGUACUCCAACACUCACUGGGUCUUUACUCCUUGGCAUUGCUAAAAAUAUGAUGGCACUACUAGUAUCAGCUGGUGUGGUGUGUAUCUGCAUAUAUGUAUGCCCUUUUGCUCUGGGCUUGGGCAUCCUUGGCAUUGUGGCUGCUUCUCUGCAGAAGUACUGGCUCUUGGCAAAGAAUUUUAAUUACAUUUGUCAUGGCGCCGGAUCAAGACCAUGAGCAAGGUAACAGGAGUGGUCACAGCAUCAGCAGCAAAUCCUUUCAAAGAUGUGAGGGCUGCGAUGCACAUUACUAUUGGUGUCAUAUGGAUGAUACCCAGAAGUACUUCUUCAAGUGCAUGGUUGGCAAUUUCCAAGAAAAAAUGGCCAUUCCACAGAAGUUUGUGCAGAAUUUUAAAGGUCAGAUUUCUGAAGUUAUCAAGCUAGAAGCACCUGAUGGAAACAUAUACGAUGUUCAGGCUAUCAAGGAUCUAAACAAGAUAGUUCUCGCGUCUGGAUGGGGGGUAUUUGUCAGCUUUUACGAACUAAAAGCGGGCUACUUCCUGGUCUUCAGGUACAUUGGGAAUUCUCACUUCAAAGUUCUGAUAUUUGAUUUUGGAAGUUGCUGUGAGAAGGAAGUGUUCCACGUUCUCAUGAAGUGCGGUCCUAAUGCCCAAGAAAAAGACACACGUCUUGAUCGAUCGCUGCUGAGCGGAAGACGAUACCAGAAUGGUGGAUCAAGCAACGGUGAGUCCCACCGAAGGUGCGAGCACUGCGAUGUGCAUUUCUAUUGGCAUCACAUGGAUGAUAGGCAGAAACAUUUCUUGAGGCUCAUGGUUGGCGAUUUCCGUCACGAAAUGAACAUACCAGAGAAAUUUGUGAACAAUUUCAGAGGCAGGAUCCCUAAAGUUAUGAAGCUAGAAGCUCCUGAUGGAAAUGUAUACAACAUUCAGGUUACCAAUGAUCUGAACAAGAUAACCCUUAGAUCUGGAUGGGCAGCAUUUGCCAGUGCUUGUGAACUAAAAGAGCAUGACUUGCUGGUGUUCAGUUACACUGGAAACUCUCACUUUAAAGUCCUAAUAUUUGACCCAAGUGGUUGUGAGAAACAAUUAUUCCGCAUUGUCAUGAACCCCGCUCCUAAUGUACAAGAAAAUGGUAUAUCUCAUGAUCAGUUAUUCCAGAAGGAAACAAAGCGUCGAGACGGCGGAUCUCGUGAUAACAACCCUAGGAAAACUAAAAAGAUGACUCCUCUGGACUCUCCUUCACCGGGAUCAGCUGAAGGUGUAACAUCUCCAGACGACACCAUGAAUGCAGGCGGCCCUCCAGAAACUACCGAGCCUUGUUUUGUCCUAGCAAUGGGGUGCAAUCUGACUACAGCGCAGAAGGCACAAAUCGACGCACUCGUGAAGAAAGUUAGGCCUGUAAUUCCAUUUUACAUCACAGCCAUGAACAAGACAAGUAUGUCUGGACCUCUGGUCAUCUGCAAGGAUUAUGCUGCCAAAUACCUUCCACAUGAAGACCAAUUCAUCACACUCUGCCAUCCUCGUAAGAGCAACAUAUGGUUAGACAAUUUGAAGGUUACCACUGAUGGUUCAGGCAUGCUUUCUGCUGGCUGGUCAAGCUUCGCUCUCCACAAUGAGUUGCGGGAAAGUGAUGUUUGUGUAUUCGAAGUAUCAAAAAGCGCUGGUGAAAUGACAAUGGUUGUUCAUUCUCUUGAAGGAGGCCAUCACCUACAAGGGAAAGAGCCCGAAUCUCAAAACAAGUGCGAUUAUCCUGUUAAGGGCAAGGCGAUCAAGGAAGCUGAGAGUGACCAUAAACAUGCUGAGUCCAAGUCCAACUACUACUACUCAAAGUAUGCCAAGGGCCUGACCGGCGAGGAGCUAGAGGAGAUAUUCAGGUCAGCGUUGAUCCAACAGGGCAAUGUGGUAUACGUCACCAUCCUGGGGAAGAAUCAAGUUAGAAUCAAGAACAACUUGCUGACCUUCCCCGGGAAGUUUGCAGCUAAGCAUCUCGUGGAGAGGUCGCAUGACAUCCUGCUCCUGAGGCCCAACCGGAGUGAGACGUGGUGUGCGAGAUACUACUACCACCCGAAAGAACAGGGUUUCAGCUACAGUUCCUGGACCAAGUUCGUCCGAGACAACAAGCUGUGCAAGGGCCACGUCUGCGUCUUCGAGCUGAUGAAGGGCGUGAGUAAGGCGACAAUGAUUGUCCACGUGUUCACAAAGGUCGAUGGCAGAACCGAGAGAGAGGAGUAUUUCAGCGCUUGUUGCACCUACUCCACUGAAAUUUUCUUCAAUGUAAGCUCAGUUGAGUUGACUGAAAUUUUAUUAAAUCUAAGUGGAUUCCCAGUUAGUCCCAGCUGAGUGUGCACAUGUUACUCGA